AUGGAGCAGCUUGUCAACUUCAUUAUAAGACCACCCAGAGCUGAGUACAAUCCGAAAAAUGAUUUGUUAGAUGAAGAAUUUGUGUUAAAAGGCAAGUGGUACCAGAGGAAAGAUUUAGAGGUUGUAAAUAGUCGUGGGGAUACUCUACAGUGUAGCCAUUACAUGCCUAUUGUUCGUCCUGAAGGAAAUCCACUGCCCUGUGUGAUUUACUGCCAUGGAAAUAGUGGUUGCCGAACAGAUGCUAGUGAAGCUGCUAUUAUAUUGCUGCCAUCAAAUAUAACCGUUUUUACCCUUGAUUUCUCUGGCUCGGGACUAUCUGGAGGAGAGCAUGUCACCUUGGGCUGGAAUGAAAAGGAUGAUCUGAAAGCUGUCGUUGAUUACCUUCGUGCAGAUGGGAACAUUUCCUUAAUUGGUUUAUGGGGCCGCUCUAUGGGUGCUGUUACCAGCUUGAUGUACGGAGCUGAAGACCCUUCAAUAGCGGGAAUGGUGUUGGACAGCCCCUUCUCCGAUUUGGUUGACUUAAUGAUGGAACUUGUUGAUACUUACAAAGUCCGCAUUCCUAAAUUCACUGUUAAGUUUGCUAUCCAGUAUAUGCGGAGAGCAAUUCAGAAAAAGGCAAAAUUUGACAUAACGGAUCUGAAUGCUAUCAAGGUUGCAAAGUCUUGCUUUGUUCCAGUUUUAUUUGGCCAUGCCACUGAUGAUGAUUUCAUACAACCACACCACUCUGAUCGCAUAUUUGAUGCUUAUGUGGGUGACAAGAAUAUAAUCAAAUUUGAGGGUGACCACAACUCUCCCCGCCCUCAAUUUUAUUUUGAUUCUAUAAGUAUAUUCUUCAACAAUGUGUUACGCCCUCCAGAGGAUGAAGUAGGGAGUGCAUAUUUUGACUUAACUCAUGACUAUGUUCCAAAGGGUAGUUGGAGUAAUAUCCAAGAUUUGGAGAUUUCGGAUGACUUACUGGAUUCACCCACCGGUCCGGAAACUAGCAGUAGCACCGAGGAUGCUAUCAGGAAACUUCGCUCCAGAAGGCCUAUGAGUAUGAUGGUGAUGCUGAUGGUGGCCGUGCUCGAGUCCCUUAAGGAUAUGAACACUAAAAGCCCUCCACUUGAAGAAGUAUCAUCCAUCGGUGGUGAUAAACCUGAACCCAAACUAUCACCAAUCAAUGGACGAGAUGAUUCUGUCCCCCAGCUCGACUCCUCAAAACCCGAGCCAACUUCCAUGUCAGCAGCUGAAGAGAAUAGUAAACCGGUGUCCGAGAAUGCUCAACAAACUUGUGUUCCUAGUGACCCAUCAAUGCAGAUAGACACAAACAGUAAUAAUCCAAAGGAGCCCUUCGUUGUAUUUGUAAAGCAGCCACAUCAUUCAGGUGGAGAAACAAAUGAGGCAGUAAAGACAUCAGGUGAUGAUAAGCAGCUGCCUAAUCAGGCUGAUGUGGCGGACCAAACGACGGUCACCGUAAAAGUUGAGAAGAAUCAGACAAGCGUGAUGGAUGGAUUAUUACGCCGUUGGGAUCUCAGUUUUUUCCGUAACAGAUAA